AUGACAACCGAUCCAAUAUCUGUUUGCACUUCUGAAGGGAAGCAGCCACUUCCGUCAAGAUCUAGAACAAAUUCUUCUAUUGAUCUGGAAUCUUCCUCCAAAUUAUUAGGUCCAAGCUGGGUUUAUGGAACUACAACACAAGUGGGAAGUCCAUCGAGGUCACAAUUUGGUGUAAGACUGUCAGGGUUGUGUCUUUCAGAAAGGAAUGGUGGACCAAUUGCAGUCCCUCAACCAGAAGUAAUUCAAAAUAUCCUCUUCCCAACCAAUGUGGAAUUGCAACAGAAAAUCACUCAUUACCGAGAAAAGGUUAAUACAUUGCUCUGCCGUGGUAUUGAGAAUGGUGAUUCCAAUGUUGCAAAAAAUGAUAACCCACUCUUGGUAAUCACUGGGCCAUCAUAUGUAUCAGAUUCAAACCAAAUCAAAGCAUGUGCUCAAUGGAUUGGAACUUUACUUGGGAAAGAAUUCUCAAACUUGCCUCAUGCCCUAUUACCUGAUAGUGUCCGCGCCUUGUAUGAUAAGCGAGUUUCAAUCCCUAGAAACCUUCUUCUAUCAGUGAGAACAAACUUAACUAAAUAUAAUCGACCAUAUUCCGAACUUGGAGAAGUGCCAACAUCACUGAUCAUGACAUUUGAAAUUGAUCAAGGAAUUCCAGUGUGUCGUGCUCUUCUUUGUGAAUUAGCUGAAAUUUGUCCUAUCGUUGGAGAAAUAUCUGAUACAAUUACUCCUCAAUACCUCUCAGAUUUAUUCUGUCUUGGAAUGGUCGGCUCUACGUUAAUUGAAUCUCAAUUACAUCGUGAAUUGGUUUCAGGAAUUUCAUAUCCAAUAGGAUUCCAAACUCUGGAUUCUCAUUUGCCAUUUGACAAGGGAAUGUAUAAGCACAAAAUCAAUGCAGCACUAGAUGCGAUGUAUGCUUGCAGCCAACCACAUCAGUUUCUUUCAGUGACCAAAAUUGGUACUGUAGCAGUAGUUGGUACCAUCGGAAAUGAAGAUACGUUUAUUAUAUUACAAAUUAAUAAUUAUCUUUCUUCAAAUGAUUUAAUUGAAUUCAUAGAAAUGAUUUAUAAUUAUUCAAAACUUGAUAAGAGAAGACCAAAAAUUAUGUUGAAUGUGGGAAGAAUUAGCAAUUUAGAAUAUGAUUUUAAAACUUCUAUAAUGAAGGAACUCUUAUCGAAUGCUCAAGUACAAAAUAAAAUACUUGGUGUACUUGUUGAUUCUGGUGACCAUUAUAUUCCCAAUGGAUUUAAUUUUGAACUAAAUGAAAGGCACCCAUUCGACUCAAAUGAUAUGGAUACACCAUGUUCAAGAGAAGAUCUUUUAAACCGUCAAAAAUUAAUUGAUAUUAAUCGUUAUUUUGUCAAGAAUCGAGCAUUUAUGAAUAAAGAAUUGAAAUCAAGUAUUGGUCAAAUUGAGAAAGAAAAUGAAGAAAUGGAAUAUUACGAGUAUUUUAUCAAUGCAGAUAGAUUUAUCUUUGAAUUAGAAUAUUUCAGCACAGACCGGCUAUGCUAA